AGCUCUCGAGUCGUGACCGCCUUCCCAUCGAAGCACCGCCGUGUCGACGUGGUCGAAGUUCCUCGCCUUAUUGAUCACCACCUGCGCUGGGCUCAUGAACUCCAGCGGUUGAACGCGCCGAAUCUCCGGUUGACGAGGCCGAGUCGGCAACGAUUGGGGGAUGCGUGUCGCCUGGAGUCUGGUUCUGGUAAUGCGACACGAAGGAUUCGCCCUCAAUCUCCGAUCUGCUUUUUGCUCUGGAUGUGCUUCGAGGAUGAACACUUCUUCGCUCAGACCGCGUCGUCGCUCCACCCAAUACUUGUCAGUCGUGCAGCUGAGUGGAAGCGUUCUGCCCGCAUCUCCGGCGUGUCGUUGCGGUGAAGGUGUGCAUGCUUCAAAGCGCGUUGUCGACUGUGGAGGAAUCAAUCUCGGUCGCGAUCGAAGAUCAUGGACGGCGAGACGCGUCAAGCUGCUCUGAACUCGAAGUGAAGAGUCAUCGCCGCGGCUGUUGGAUGUCACCGACUUGGAGGGAGCCACGCAGGCCUUGAAGGUGGUUCGAGAGGCGUUGAUGGCGCUGUUGUGAGACUUCGCGACU